AUGAUUUUACGAAGCGCAGUGGAAUUGAUACGAUUCGUAAUUAUGUUGAUAAGGUAUGUGAAAUUGUAUAUUUUUUAUGAUUUUUAUUAGAUAUGUACAGAAAUAUUAUUAUAUUAUUUUUGAUAUAUUUAGUGUUUUAGAAAUUUGUAUACUCUUAAAAAUAAAUCGUUAAUUUAUUUACAGAGCAUUUCUUCGAAACGUAGAAACAGAGGCAGCUAUUCUUGAUAAAUCCAAAGUAGCAACUAUUACGCCCCCUACGACUUUAUUUCCGGAUGCUACUGUCGGUCCAAGACCAACCGACAGUACAACGCAACGCAUCUUACCGCCGGCCAAAAUACAACCCGUUACCAAUUCGUCAAGUGAGUAUAGCUAUAAUUAUAUUAUAAUACUAAAUUCUCAACAUUGCAAUCGUGUACAUUAUAAAGUUCAUUAUAAUUUUCCGAAGUAGGGUCUACCACCAUGACUGGAAUAUCGCGUCUGAAUGCUACUGUCCUUCCGAGCAAGACUGAUAGUACGACACAGUGCAACCUCCCGCCGGUCAAAACACAACCAAUUACCAAUUCGUCAAGUGAGUAUAGCCAUAAUUAUUUUAUAAAACGAAAUUUUCAACAUCGCAAUCGUGUACAUUCUAAAGUUCAUUAUACUUUCCCAAAGUAGGAUCCGCCACCAUAACUGAGACAACGUAUCCCAAUGCCACAGUCGGUCCGAGCUCGACCGGCUGUAAUACGCAACGCAUUCUACCGCCGACCAAUACAAAAUCUCCCGUUAGCACUGAUCCGCCAAGUGAGAAUAGCAAUUAUUAUAAGAUUAAAUCGUGUACACUAUAAAGUUCAUUAUACUUUUCCGAAGUAGGGUCUACCACCAUGACUGGAAUAUCGCAUCUGAAUGCUACUGUCGUUCCAGGCAAAGCUAACGGUACGACACAGCGCAUCAUACCUCCGGUCAAUACUCAAUCUCCCAUCGGCACUGAUCCACCAAGUGAGAACAGCAAUUAUUAUAAAAUUGAAUCGUGUACAUUAUAAAUUUCAUUAUACUUUUCAGAAGUAGGGUCCGCCAACAUGACUGUAACAUCAUAUCCCAAUGCCACAGUCGGUCCGAGCUCGACCGGCAGUAAUACGCAAAGCAUUCUACCGCCGGCCAAUACAAAAUCUCCCGUUAGCACUGAUCCGCCAAGUGAGUACAGCAAAUUAUUAUAAAAUUAAAUCGUUUGUAUAUUAUAAAGAAAGUUAAAUAUUCGUUUACACCGAUUAAAAUACUAUCUACAUAUAUUUUUUUUUUUUUUUAUUGAGUAGGUAAGGCUUCAACUAUUAAGGUUAUUAGCCUUUAUUAAUAACACAAUAUUGUUCUNUCGUACUGAUCCACCAAGUUAGUACAGCAAUUAUUAUAAAAUUGAAUCGUGUACAUUAUAAAUUUCAUUAUACUUUACCGAAGUAGGGUCCGCCACCAUAACUGAGACAACGUAUCCCAAUGCCACAGUCGGUCCGAGCUCGACCGGCAGUAAUACGCAAAGCAUUCUACCGCCGGCCAAUACAAAAUCUCCCGUUAGCACUGAUCCGCCAAGUGAGUACAGCAAAUUAUUAUAAAAUUAAAUCGUUUGUAUAUUAUAAAGUUAAUUAUUCGUUUUCACCGACUUCGAACCGAUUAAAAUACUAUCUACAAAUUUUUUUUUUUUUUUUAUUGAGUAGGUAAGGCUUCAACUAUUAAGCUUCAACUAUUAGUCUUUAUUAAUUACACAAUAUUGUUCUUAAGACUAUGGAGAUACAUUAUUAUUGUGAUUUUAAUCAGGGGAAGUUAGUGAGACAUGUUAUUUUUUAAGUAGUUUUGCAAUGCCUAUAUUAAUAAAAAAUUGUAUAUAUUUUUGGAGUUUUCUUCGCCGUAAAAAUAAGGACAAUCUAAAAUUUUUUCCGAACACAAGCAUUACAUAUAUACCUAAUAUAGUUUACGGAAUUUAAAGUUAAAAUGAUAUUCGGUCAAGAUAUCCGCAGGAAUAUAAUUUACGAAUAAAAGAAAUACCUUUUGUAUACAUUAUACAUUAUUUUUAUUAGGUGUGAAUGUGUCGAGUUCUCAAAAACCCAACACAGCUGCAACGGUCAAAUCUAUAAAACGCUGCAAAGAAUCAAUACAUUCUAUUUUCAACGUGAUGAAUGAACAUAAUCUACAAACAAAGGUUAAUAUUAUUAUAUUGUUAUUUACUUACACGAUUUGAAAAUAGUACGAAUAAUUUAAGUCAAAUACGCUGUUGCCGGAGUAAUACUAUACGUUAAUAAUUUGUUUAUUUUAUUUUAUAUCAUUUAUAGUGUAAUGAAGUAAAAGAUAUAAUCGUCGAAACUGAAGAAAAAUGUAUACCGUGGUUAGCACGGUAUAUUGUAACAAACCAUAUCAAUAUCAAAUCAAAUUACCAAACUAAUAUAUUCUUAAAUUUUUUGAAUUCGUUAAACAGCGAAACACUCAUAGAGUUAAUAACGGUGGAAACAGAAACAUCCAUUAAAGCGAGAAGGAAUAUUUAUUUUUAUUUUUAUUUUUUAUAUCAUGAUUAGGGAACCGAUUUAUAUGCAAUUUAAAUCCGCAUAAAAACCAUUCAAAAAAUAUUAUAAAAAAGCAAAAGCGGUAGAGUGAUUUUAAAAGUUUAAAAGUUCCCUAUUCAAACGGUUCUAAUCCAUUAAAUAAAAUUGUCUAACGUUGACAUUUUAUUAACGAGAAGUAUUUUUUUUUAAAAUAUAUUUUAAUAAAUCAUUUUAUUCUAAUCAUUUUUGUUGAAAGUUAUAAGAUAGGUGAACUUUAAAAUCUGUUUAUUAUUAUCUCUUUUUCAAACAUUUUAUAAGCUGUUUUUUAGGGAUUUUUUUGAUGUAUUUAAGCGCUUUUUUGUAAAUUUUAAAUGUUUAUAAAUCCGUUUCCUAAUAAUGAUGAAUACGAUAUAUUUUAAAAUAAUAACUCGCGUAUCUUGUUAGUCAUUAUUGAGUCGGGGCGAGGUGAAUCCUAUUUGUAGGAAAACGUUGAACAAUUUGGGAAGUUGGUACGGGAUGAUGACCAUAGCCAAGAAUAAACCGAUAAGUACGUCGUUUGAGGACUUGAAGACAUUAUUGAUAAAGGCGUAUCAAGGAGGAGAGGACAAAUUGAUGAAUACUCUACUGCUUGUAACGAGAAUUCUUGAAACAUGUGCUUAUAGCACGGUAUGUCGAAUACGUUUCAUUCUGAUCGAUUUAAUUUCUCGUUGAUAUCAUAUAAUUCUAUUUUGUUUUAUCAUAGGUGUUUAAUACUACCAGCCCGUGGACGUUGGAUGUAUUGUACUGUUUGAGUGAUCUAUACCGUCAACCGAAUUUAAAAUUGAAGUUCCAAUUUGAAAUAAAAAUUUUAUGCAAAAGAUUAAAAGUUGAACUCGAG